AUGUUCAAUGAACAAGAAUUGGAGUUGCUAAUUAGUGGUCUACCUGAUGUCGAUAUUGAUGAUUUGGCCAAUAAUACCGAGUACAAAAUGUAUACAAAGACAAGCGCACAGAUUCAAUGGUUCUGGCGAGCGCUUCGUUCAUUCGAACCAGAGGACAGAGCCAAAUUCUUGCAGUUUGUUACUGGAACCAGCAAGGUGCCUUUACAAGGAUUUGCUAGCCUGGAGGGUAUGAAUGGCAUUCAAAAAUUCAGCAUCCAUAUGGACUGUCGUGGUGGAGACCGGUUACCUGCCGCACACACCUGCUUCAAUCAACUGGAUCUUCCUCAGUACGAGUCUUAUGAGAAGCUGCGCGAUUCGCUGCUGCUGGCUAUACGCGAAUGCACUGAAGGAUUUGGGUUUGCGUAA